UUAACAGCAUCCACCAUCAUCAUAGGUCUUAUGCGACUUCACAAAUGUGGACACAUCAGUGCAUACAACAAAAAUGUAACACGAUUGGACAAGUCAAUGGAGGAGGCGUGUGAACUAUGAUGGUGGGUGUUCACGACUAAGGGCACAAGCAAGGUUCUAGACUGUGGUUUUAACGGCGUUACUCUCUUCAGACGUUAACUUAAUUGUCAUUCUUAAAUCAAUUUAACACACUCAAAAACACAUGAUCCAGAUUACAAGAGGUUUUGUGACUUUGUUAUGAAGAAGGUUGUCAUCUGAACAUCAGUUCAACUCUAGUGACGGUGACCUCACACUUACACUCACGCUAAUUGAAAAUGGUCACAGUGACCCCAUUCUUGAAGCUAAAAUAACCAGAGCCAGCCUUGCGAUGAAUGCAACGAAUGGAAAAUCAAGAUGAAAUCUGUGCACAACACCCCUCAGAGGUCAUCACAGAGCAGCUUGUUGAUUUAGGAAAAUACAGAGUUAAAAAAAAGUCACGUUUGUGAGUCACAAAGGUGGUGUGAGGCUUCGUCAGCACCACAUGGCUGUGGUUUCCACGGCACGGCGCAAUGUUAACGGAAUAUAUAGAGUAGUUUGAUGUUUCCUGUUUAUUUUGCCUCGUGGACUCUAUGCAUUAACUUUCGGGCAGUUGCGAAAAAAACUGACGUCAGAGCAAAAGGAAGAGACUGUUUGUCAAAUUGCACUUGCGCAAGUUCUCUAAAUGUGACAGCUCAGAUCUACGCUUGACUGUGUUGAAUACGACAGCAAGAAAAGAGAGUUAAAGUCUCAACAAUAUCCAGCAACCGUUUUAUUGGCCGUUCUGCAGCAUAAUGAAGAACACAUUGUGAAAUGGUGAUACUAAGUUUGAGAGCAUCUUUCCUUUUUCCCUAGCCAUCCCCCCUUCCCCUCCCUCCUUCCCCCCACUCUCCUCUCCGAUCUGGACCGCUCCUCCGGGCAUGCUACUUAAGCCCAAGUAUGGCCGCUUCCGGAACGACUCAGUGACCUCCUCCGACGACCUGAUGCAGAGCCUAGCCAUGAGCGGGAAGGUGGUGGCCACCCCGGUGGCCUCCUCGUCCACGCCUGGCUUGGAGCUGCCGCCCCUGGAGACCGCUGCUCUCCCUCCGCCCUCGGCUCAGGUGCUGGCCGACUCUCCCGGGCUGGAUGGCGAGCAGGACGGCACUACCACCUUCUGCAUGCUCAUCCCCAAGAUGCCCCAGUGGAAGUUCUCCAACUCGCUGCUAAGCCGUAGUCCCUCCAAUAGCAGCUCCAGCUCCGGUUCCAGCAAGGACUCGGGCAGGGCCUCUACGGCCGAUAGUUCUGCACCCAGGGGUGCAACUGCUGCUAGUGGUCCUGUGGCUAGUCUUGCAGCUGUGUUCAACUCCUGUGACCCUGUUUGUGUGGGCCCUUGUUCCCUACAGGCCGUUAGGCGGCAGAGGGCCAUCGGAGGUUCAGCAAGUCACAGAGAUUCGGGGGCCGCCGAGGGGAGUCCGGGGGGCUCUGGGAGCUUCAGGACAGGGAUGAACCGGAGGACCAGGGUAGAGGGCAUAUGGCUGGGAGAUAACUUUACCCAGAAGGGGAGCUUCAUCAACAAGCCGACGCAGGGGUGGUUGCACCCAGACAUAAAGAUCAGCAGCACAGGAGCUUCCUACAUCGUUAGGUACAUGGGGUGCAUUGAGGUCCUGAAAUCAAUGCGAUCUUUGGACUUCAACACUAGGACGCAGGUUACAAGAGAGGCCAUCAACAGGUUGUGUGAAGCCGUACCAGGAGGAAAAGCUGCCUGGAAGAAGAAAGUCACCAACAAAACCCUCCAGUCCAUCAUGGGGAAGAGUAACCUACGCUUUGCUGGGAUGAGCAUCGGCGUCAACAUCUCCAUCGAGGGCUUGAGUUUGCUGGUCCCCACCACACGACAGGUAAUUGCACACCACCCCAUGCAGUCCAUCUCCUUCGCUUCUGGCGGAGACUCUGAUACGCCUGACUAUGUUGCCUAUGUGGCCAAAGAUCCUGUGAAUCAAAGAGCUUGUCAUAUCCUGGAGUGUGGUGAUGGUCUUGCCCAGAAUGUGAUCAGUACCAUCGGCCAGGCCUUCGAACUUCAGUUCAAACAGUAUUUGCACAGCCCACCCAAAGCCAUUCCCCCUAUGGACAGGAAUAUACGAACAGAGGAGUCAGCAUGGGGUGAUGAUGAAGAGUCAUCCGAGCAUAAUUAUUACAACAACAUCCCAGGCAAGGAGCCUCCAGUUGGGGGCGUGGUGGACUCCAGACUCAGGCCUCCAGUGGGCCUAUUGGGUCACGCCCAUACCCAACCACAGAACAAAACAGCUCAGAUGGGGUCACCAGCCAAAAGAGAAGUAAACACCCUUCCUGCCCCCCACUUGUGUUAUGAAGUGCACUGGGACACGGAGAACAACGGUAGCUCAAGUUUGACUUCUGAUGGUUACUUGCGAGCAGAUGGUCACCCACCUGGGAGCCGCGAUUAUGAGGAACACCUGUAUGUAAACACUCAGAAUCUGGACACAGCGGAGACCUCAGCGGACACACGAGGAGGACGAAAACCCGAUAGUCCUAAGAAAGACAUAUUUGACAUGAGGCCAUUCGAGGACGCUCUGCGUCUACACGAGGCCAGUGGGGUUUGUGUAUUGGAGGACAAGUGGCCGAGUCCCCCGCGUCGGCGGGCUCCCGUCGCCCCUACAGAAGACCAACUACGACGUGAAAUGUGGUACCACGGACGCAUGAGCCGCAGGGACGCAGAGAAUCUCCUGGUCCGAGAUGGAGAUUUCCUGGUCCGGGACAGCGCGACUAACCCAGGCCAGUAUGUGUUGACGGGGAUGCAGUGUGGCCUGCCCAAACAUCUGCUGCUGGUGGAUCCAGAAGGAGUGGUUCGGACUAAAGAUAUGCUAUUUGAGAGCAUAAGUCACCUGAUCAACUACCACUUGACCAACAAACUGCCUAUUGUGGCGGCGGAGAGUGAGUUACACCUCCAGCAGGUGGUUUGCAGAAAGCAUUAACCUCCACUUCGACCCUGUAUACUGUACAUGAGAGCGAGGCUGUACCCCGUGCCACAAUUCCAGAGGCUCCACACUAUUGCCUUAAACACAGACUCUGAGCUUCCACUGGGACUUGUGGGAUUUCACUGUUCCUUAGGCACUGACCACAAACUACAGCUUUCAGCAUGCCUUGCUCAAUCAUCCUCUUCCUCAAGCCAGAACCAACUGAGAAGACCCCCGCACCCCAACUGCGAUCUUGACAUUGGGAAAUAAAGUGCUUUCCUUUUUGCAAACCGAACCCUACAAUUUCCCAGCAGACUGUCAUUGGUGAUGACCGUGCCUGUCGAAAAAAUGUGAACUUAUGAGAAACACGAGACCAAUCGUCUUAUUUCCUUGUUUCCUCAACAUCUGUAUAAGUUUUGAAUGGACUGCUAAAUGUGAUGUAUUCAGUAGCUGUGGUUAUGAUCUUUUCUGGUGAUCAUUUCUGUGGAACGACUGGACUCAGUAUCUUGUUGUGCUUUAAAAAAAAGUGAUCAACAGUUUGUUCUCAGGAUGCAGUAUUUGAUAAGGAAAUAAUAUAAAGCUUAUAAGCUCAGCUUUAAUGCAGUCGUAUCAAAUGCACAUGUUUCAUUUACGAACUCUCAGGACCAAAUAUUGGGUCAUGUGAUGUUACCCUUUUUUAAAGCGACAGUGAUCGAACAUGCAUUAUACUUCAUAGCAUCUCUUUUGUGUUUAGUCAAAUAAACAAAUGUGUACCAAUGG